CGGGCCAUCCAUCGCCAUCUCUUUGAAGAGAUGAGCAGUGGCAACCUCGAUGGCGUCCUUGUGCCGAUAGAGCGACCAGAGUAUGAGAAUCAAGGGUCCAUGGAGCUAGGGGUGAUGGUUGGCAUUACACUGGGCAUCGUCCUAGGCAUCGUCGGCAUGGUGGCAUACUGGUGUCGGCUAGUGUACGUGUCUGAAAACGCACCCGAACAACGACGCGGUACGAAUCCCCGAGCUGUCCAGGCGCCGUUCUCGUCGUGUCUUCUCCACGUAAUGGGCCAGCAAGGCUCCAUUAUGCCCGUGGAAACCACCGAGUGGAUGCUCGAGUAUCGCCCCAGUGUGCCGCUGGACUGGCACGACCUGGAAGCAUACCGAUUGGAUAUCGCCCUCGUGGAGCGCACCACGCGACUGGCCACAGGUGGCUUUGGUUCCGUGUGGCUUGGCAGGUUCAACCAACAACAAGUGGCGGUGAAGUCGAUGGUAGAAGGUCGAAUUCGCACGUCAGGGUCUGUCCAGCGUUUUAUUAACGAAGUUACGUUAAUGGCCAAGCUCCAGCACCCGAACGUCGUGCGAUUCAUUGGCGCGUGCUGGCACUCGCUCGAUGCGGUGCAUCUAGUUGUCGAGUACAUGAACUUGGGCGAUUUAAAAGACCAUCUGGAUAUACACGUGGCCAUGCCGUGGAGCCGCAAAGUACAAUGUGCUCAUGACGUGGCAGCCGCGCUGGUGUACCUCCACGACCAAAACAUCAUCCACCGAGAUCUCAAGUCCCGCAAUGUGCUCCUGGAUACCCACAAGCCCAGCAAGCUGUCGGACUUUGGAAUUUCCAGGGAACUCGUGUCUCGAACUAUGAGCCACGAAGUUGGUACAUUUAUGUGGGCUGCUCCGGAAGUUCUCAAGGGGGGCCAGCUCACUGUGGCUGCCGACAUUUACAGCUUUGGAAUGCUCUUGUCGGAAUUGGACACCCACAAAGUUCCAUUUGAUGGCAUGACGACAGAGUUUGGCGACGUGAUGGUGCCCAUGGCGGUUGUGAUGAAAAUCAUGCAAGGCCAGAUCAAAGUGGCGCCGUCCUCGUCGUGUCCGCCGCCGAUUGCGCUACUUUUGAAUGACUGCACUCAGUUUGAUCCAAUGUUACGACCCACGGCAGUGGAGCUAUUGCACCGGCUACAGCAAAUGGACGUCGCGCGACUGUGAAGUGUAUAGUUAGUUGGUCGUUUCUAUUUAUUUACAAUUAAUCUUAUAUUACUACUACGC